GUCACGGCAAGGGGCCGGAAAUCCCGCGGGUCCCCGUGGGCCGAGAGAGGCGGCGCCGGUUCUGCCGGGAGCCCACUGCGGGUGCCGCGACGCCGACCUUGGGGCCUGCCCGAGCUCGGCUCAGCCUUCCGGCUGACGGAGCUAACAGCUUGCGACCCCAGAAGAGCCUGGACAGCACCCCCGGCGUUUUCAGACCCAAGUGCAAGCCUAUAGCAGACCCUACAUUAGCUGAGAUGGGGAAGAACUUGAAGGAAGCCAUGAAGAUGCUGGAGCACAGUCAGAGAAGAACAGAGGAGGAAAAUGGAAAGAAGCUGGUAUCAGACAUUCCGGGGCCUCUCCAAGGCAGUGGACAAGAUAUGGUGAGCAUCCUCCAGCUAGUUCAGAAUCUGAUGCACGGAGAUGAAGAGGAGGAGCCCCAGAGCCCCCGAAUCCAGAAUAUUGGAGAACAAGGUCACAUAGCUUUGUUGGGGCAUAGUCUGGGAGCUUACAUUUCAACUCUGGACAAAGAGAAGCUUAGAAAACUCACAACUAGGAUACUGUCAGACACUACUUUAUGGCUGUGCAGGAUUUUCAGGUAUGAAAACGGCUGUGCUUAUUUCCACGAAGAAGAAAGAGAAGGACUGGCAAAGAUCUGUAGGCUUGCUCUGCACUCUCGUUAUGAAGACUUUGUAGUGGAUGGCUUCAAUGUGCUGUAUAACAAGAAACCUGUUAUAUACCUUAGUGCUGCUGCGAGGCCUGGCCUGGGCCAGUACCUUUGUAAUCAGCUCGGCUUGCCCUUCCCCUGCUUGUGUCGCGUGCCCUGUAACACCAUGUUUGGAUCCCAGCAUCAGAUGGAUGUUGCCUUCCUGGAGAAACUGAUUAAAGAUGAUCUAGAACGAGGAAAAUUGCCCCUGUUGCUUGUAGCAAAUGCCGGAACGGCAGCAGUCGGGCACACAGAUAAGAUUGCACGUUUGAAAGAACUCUGUGAGCAGUACGGCAUAUGGCUACACGUGGAGGGUGUGAAUCUAGCAACUUUGGCCCUAGGUUAUGUCUCCUCAUCAGUGCUGGCUGCAACCAAGUGUGACAGCAUGACGUUGACUCCGGGCCCGUGGCUGGGUUUGCCGGCUGUCCCUGCAGUCACCCUCUAUAAACAUGACGAUCCUGCCUUGACUUUAGUUGCCGGUCUUACAUCAAACAAGCCAGCAGACAAGCUCCGUGCCCUGCCGCUGUGGUUGUCUCUGCAGUACCUGGGGCUUGAUGGGAUUGUGGAGAGGAUUAAGCAUGCCUGCCAACUGAGUCAACGAUUACAAGAAAGUUUGAAGAAAGUGAACCACAUCAAAAUCCUGGUGGAAGAUGAGCUCAGUUCUCCAGUAGUGGUGUUCAGAUUUUUCCAGGAAUUACCAGGCUCGGAUCCAGUGCCCACAGCUGUCCCAGUGCCCAACUCGGCACCUUCAGCGCUCGGCCGGGAGAGACACUCCUGUGACGCCCUGAACCGCUGGCUGGGAGAGCAGCUGAAGCAGCUGGUGCCUGCGGGCGGCCUCACCGUCAUGGACCUGGAAGUGGAGGGCGUGUGCAUUCGCUUCAGCCCCCUGAUGACGGCGGCAGUUUUAGGAACUCGGGGAGAGGACGUGGAUCAGCUCGUCGCCUGUGUCCAGAGCAAGCUGCCGGUCCUGACCUGCACGCUGCAGCUGCGAGAGGAGUUCAGGCAGGAGGUGACAGGGACGGCUGGCCUCCUAUAUGUCGAUGACCCUAACUGGCCCGGAAUAGGGGUUGUCAGGUAUGAACAUGCUAAUGAUGAUAAGAGCAGUUUGAAACUAGAUCCAGAAGGGGAAAAGAUCCAUGCUGGACUCCUGAAAAAACUAAAUGAACUGGAAUCUGACCUUACAUUUAAAAUGGGCCCGGAGUACAAAAGCAUGAAGAGCUGUAUUUACGUGGGGAUGGCCAGUGACGACGUGGACAUUUCUGAACUGGUGGAGACCGUUGCGGUCACAGCCCGAGAAAUUGAGGAAAACUCAAGGCUUCUGGAAAACAUGACAGAGGUGGUUCGGAAAGGGAUUCAGGAAGCUCAGGUUCAGCUGCAGAAGGCGAAUGAGGAGCGGCUCCUGGAAGAGGGUGUGCUGCGGCAGAUCCCUGUCGUGGGGUCCGUACUGAACUGGUUCUCUCCAGUACAAGCUUCGCAGAAGGGAAGGACCUUCAACUUAACAGCAGGCUCCCUGGAGUCCACAGAACACACGUACGUCCACAAGGCACAAGGCGCAGGAGUCACGCCGCCGCAGACGCCCUCGGGCACUCGCGCCAAGCAGAGGCUCCCAGGCCAGAAGCCCUUUAAGAGGUCCCUGCGAGGCUCCGAUGCCCUGAGCGAGACCAGCUCGGUCAGUCACGUUGAAGACUUAGAGAAGCUGGAGCAUCUGUCCGGGGCGCCGGAGCCAGACGGCCUGGAGCCUGCCCGCCCUGAGCCGCACCCCGGGGGCCGCCCCCCGCAGGAGGCCGAGCGGACAGGGGCCUUCGAGAACGGGGCCCAGCGCCCACGAGAGGACCGUCCACAGGUAGAAGAACCGGAGAGCUUAAGAUAAAAUCCAGUGUUUGCUUUGAGACCGGACCGAGUGUUGUUUCAGGGAAGAUGACGUUGUACUGAAAAUGUGAACCGUGCCGCACGCUAACCCGGAGGCACGGCCGCUCCUCCUGCUUCCCCGGGAAGUCUGCACACGCCUGGGCCUGAACGCCAGGCUUUGGGGAGGGCCGUGGACUGCUCUCAACUGCUGGGCCUGUAGGGGGACGGCUGCUGAUCCUGCCCACGCGCCCGUAGGUAAUACCGUUUCCCCCCCUACGUCCCCAGAAACACGGUGUGCUCCCGGGAACACUUACAGUCUCACGUGCCUGCCGCUUGGAACCCUGGCGCUUAUUUUCCUAAGACAUAAGCGUAACAUUAGGAGGUUCCACGCGGUAACUUCUCGGUAAGACAGCUGUAGAGCCCUCGGGUUCCCUGCUGUGCUGCCGCCUGGGAGAGGAGCGCAGCCUCUGCGCGGGGUCGGGGUACGCUGGCCGGCCUUUGAUCCGGCGGGAUGUGCACCAGAGUCCCAGCCGCCGCUUCCAAGGUGUAGACAGGGGCGUGCGCAAGCGACUCCCUCCGCCCCAAGUCCAGUCCUCCCUUUAUCUACUAUUUGUAAACAAAUUAAAGGACUGUCUACUAAGAGUAA